AUGGCAAAGGGAGAAAGUUCAUGCGACAAGCCUACACCAGCAGAAGAGGAGCAAAUGGCAUCUCAAAGCAUGGAAGACAACCUCGCCCUCUCCACGAUCCAUACUACCGCGCAAUCAACAAGUGAGCCCACAGACCCAUAUCACAACGAAGUCAUCAUUUCACUCGAAGAACUCUCCUUCAAGGAAGAUGAGCCUUCUUCAGAAUUAGUCAAAGAUGCAAGCUCCCUUACGGUACCAAAGGCUGAAUCAAAUAGCCGCCUAAGUCAACUUCCGACCGAGGUUAUCAUUAAAGUUAUGGGAUACCUCAAUCCUGUUUCCGCAGUUUGUUUGUCUCUGGCAGCACGAAAGUUCCAGAAUAUCUACUACACUUUCAGUCGGUCCCCAUUGCCAAUUAAAUUGGAAAGUAAAAGUGAGGAGGAAGUUCCGCUGUAUGUACUUGUUAAUACUUGGAUGGAGAGAAUGGGAUUCACGGUAUGUAACAUUUUAACAACUACUAUUUCAUACUAGCGAUGAACUAGCUCAUUGCUUAACUCUAUAUUGAACAAUUAAAAAUCACGCUAACUCAUUGCAGUUGGUUGUCGCGGAGCUUUUUGGCCUUGAAUAUCGUGGAGAUAUUAAAUGGACAAUGUGGGAGGAAACUUCUCUAUUCAAACUUCUACGUCUUGUAGAUAUCAAGGACGAGGCUUUAGCAAAGGAAUAUACUAAGAGAUGUACGGAGACUGCUCUCGAUGAUCUCGAUGACCCUGUUUUUAGUAUCCUUUGGGGCGAAUUUGAUUUUGAGUAUUUUAUAUGGCAGAUUGGAGUGGGCAGUCCUGUUCCGGGCCGCGAUCAAUUAUGGGCAUCAAUAUAUGAAUACUAUGAGAGACGAAAAGAGAUAUUUGAGUGA